GUGCUAGAACUGCAGAUGGUUUAACAAGUGAAGCAUUGAAACAGGCUAAGGAUAUGGUUAACAAAAGACUUGGUAAGAAGGCGGGUGGUGGCGGCGGCGGCGGCGGCGGCGGCGGCAGCAGAUCUGGUGGCAGUGGUGGUGGUGGCGGUAGUGGCAACUCUGACGAUGUUGUGACACUCACAGACCAAAAUUUUGAAGAUUUAGUCUUGAAUAGUGAAGACGGUUGGUUGGUUGAAUUUUAUGCUCCGUGGUGUGGACACUGUAAAAACCUGGCUCCCGAGUGGGCUUCAGCUGCAACACAACUGAAAGGAAAAUUCAAGUUGGGAGCUUUGGAUGCGACUGUAGAGACAAUCACUGCUAACCAAUAUGGGGUAACAGACAGGGCUGCCGAAAAUUUGCCACCUCCAGAGAUUCAUGAGAUUACUGAAGAAAAAGUUUUAACAGACUCCUGUGAGGGCCACCAGUUGUGCGUCAUUUCCAUUCUACCGCACAUCCUGGAUACGGGCGCUGUGGGUCGCAAUAAAUAUUUAAAUUUACUGCUAGAUAUGGCAGACAAGUACAAGAAGAAGCAAUGGGGAUGGGUCUGGGCCGAAGCAGGAUCUCAAUUUGACGUAGAAGAAUCGCUUGGCAUUGGCGGAUUCGGUUACCCUGCCAUGGCUGCAUUGAAUUCUAGAAAAAUGAAAUACGCCUUGCUCAGAGGUUCAUUUAGUGAAGAUGGUCUCAACGAGUUCCUCAGAGAGUUGUCUUAUGGCAGGGGUUCAACUGCACCAGUGAAAGGAGCAAAAUUACCAAAAGUAGCAAAAAUAGAAGCAUGGGAUGGUAAAGACGGUCAGAUGCCAGUUGAAGAGGACUAUGAUCUUGAUGAUUUUGACCUUGAUGAAGAUGACACAGGCAAAGAUGAGCUGUAAAAAUAUUCUUUCAAUAUUUGCUCAAACUUUUUAUUUAAAAAAAAAAUUGGAUAUUCUUAUUCUUUCAACUCAGUACAUUUUGUUCAAUUUUACACAUCGUUGGUUUAUUACCGGUAAAUGAUUUUAGCAUUUGCCAAAGUCAGAGUUUGACGACGUGUAGAGCACACUCAGGCCAAAAAAACAAGAUUUGUUUCUUGUCAGAAUGCAUCGGUUUAAUUGCGCCAAUGCCUUUUCUGGUUUUUUGCCAAAAUGUUGUAAAAAAGCACAUCUCAGAACAAGAAAUAAAUCUUUAUUUUGAUGGCCUUUCUCUUGCGGUCUUAUUUGAAGGUUUCAUAGCGAUAUUGAAAUUAAAGAUGUAUUUUAGAUUUUGUUGAUAUGCAUUACCGAUUUCCAAGUUUCAGGGUCAAAAUCCCCAAAUUAACUACCGGUAACUUGAAGUGGUACAAUUAGAUAUCUCCAUAUGUGUACAUUUUUCAAGGAUUUUAAUUCCAAAAGUGGACUACUUUAUAUUCUAUGCCAAUUUAAAACUGUGUAGUUGAUGCAAAUUUAAGGUAUUUAGAGUUGAACCAUUAUUUCAGGGGGGGGGGGUAGAUUGGAGCUGAAAACAAAAUCUGCAUAAAAUAAUUCUUCUGUACAUAUGCCCUUAGUAGUAGUAAUUAAAUUACUCUUGUGUUGAGGAAUAUGUUGUGUGAUACAAGAAAUAAAUGCUCUCACCUAGGGCCCCUGGGAAUAAUGGCACAUUCCUUGAUAGAUCUAAAAAUGUGCAGUUUCAUCCUUUUUGCUGUGCUGUACAAUGUAAUUUCUGGUGUGCUGAAGUGAAAAAACCCAUUUAUAGUGGAAAUCAAGUUGCAUGUUUUGAAUAUCGUACUGCCUAAAUUACUUUCUUAGUUUCGAUAAGGUGCAACCAUGUUAUGAAAAUACAGUGGUAACUUCAUGGCGGUGGAGGUUGUUUGUAAGAAAAUACUAGAAAAUAUUUCUUUCAGGAAAUGUAACCAUUUUUGAAAUGUCAUUAAAAUUUGACAACACAU